AUGGCGUCUGCCGGCAUGCAGAUCCUCGCCUUCGUUCUGGCCCUGCUGGGCGUCUUCGGGGCGACGGUGGCCACCCUGCUGCCCAACUGGAAAGUGAGCGCCGACGUGGGCACCAACAUCAUCACCGCCAUCUCGCAGAUGCAGGGCCUGUGGAUGGACUGCACCUGGUACAGCACCGGCAUGUUCAGCUGCACCCUGAAGUACUCGGUGCUGUCCCUCCCGGCCUACCUGCAGACGGCCCGCACCACCAUGGUCCUCUCCUGUGUGCUGGCCUGCCUGGGGCUCUGCCUGGCCUCCCUGGGGCUCAAGUGCACCCGCUGGGGGGGUGGGAGGCAGGCCAAGGGGCGCACGGCGGUAGCCAGCGGGGCCUGCUUCCUCCUCUCCGGCCUCCUCUGCCUGGUGCCCGCGUCCUGGUUCACCAACGAGGUCAUCGCCAGCUUCCUGGACUCCAGCGUGCCGGAGAGCAGCAAGUUCGAGCCGGGCGGGGCCGUGUACGUGGCCUUCGUGUCCGCCGGGUUCCUGUUCGCUGGGGGCUCCAUCUUCUGCACGUCCUGCCCAGGGAAGAGAGAGGGGCCCCAGGAACUGCUCCUGCAGGAGCCUCCUCCCCAGGACCAGCUCCAGCAGGAGCAGCGGCAGCAGGAGCAGCUACACCAGGAGCAGCCGUACAGCAGCGGUGUGCUACAGCCUCCUCCACAGGAGGGCAGGGCUGGGUACAGUCUGCAGGACUAUGUGUAG